GGCAAAUUGAGAGGCGAGUAAGAGGAAGAUGAAACGAAAUUGGUCGAAAUUAAUUCGAAAGUCCUGAUAAUAAUACUUUUAAUACUUAAUACUUGCCUUAAUUGGUAAUCCUCUACAGGAGUAAACUGGAAAGGAAUUGGAAUUUGGAAUUCUCUCGGUCAGGUCUGGAAAUUCGUCUUCUCUUUCUCUUUCCAACUCCCAUUCCCCUUCUCGAAAAUCAAGCUUCUGCCUUAUUGGCUUCUUGCUAUCUGGGGGAAUGUUCUAGAGUUGGCCAGAUCAAUAAUUAUCUCAUUGGAGAAUUCAUUUCUUUGGUGUGAAACCCGCUUUAGUUGUUUUGAGAAAUAGCAACGAUGAUGAUGCUUCACUACCAUUUCUCAGGGAUGAAGACAAAAAGGAUUGUUUUUGAAAAUGUAUUUAGUGUGCGUGAUCCUGCGGGUCUUGAGCAUUUAAAAGAACUAACUGCUAGGCGCAGAUUGAUUGAAGAAUCUAUUAAUGAGACCAGCUGUAUCACUGAAGCUACUGCCAGGGAGAUGACUGGGGGGCUCACUUCUCGUAGUCAACAGGAUAUUCAGAAGUUGGAACAGUAUUUGCCCCUAUUGGAGAACUUUAUUCGUCAAGUUGAUUCAAUAAGCCGAAACAAAAAUUUGUUGAUUUUAGAGCUUAGGAUACAGUGGAGUAGCACCCUAAGCACAAAGUUCAUGAUUGGAGGUCCAAAAUAUUUCCAAAUUAAUAGUCUACAGUAUGAACUUGGAAUGAUUCUUUUCUUUUACGGUAUAACUACUCGACAGAGGGCUUUUGAAGUUUUUUCUGAAGAUAUGCAGCAGGCUGCCUCUCUUCUGAAAAAAGCAGCUGGAAUCUACAAAUAUCUGAAUGCUGAAGUCCUUCCAUUGUUGCAGUCUAUAUUGCCUCCGGAAAAGCCACCUGAAACUACAAUUAAUGUCUCUUCGGCGAUGGUUAAUCUCUGCUUGGCGGAGGCUCAGGCUGUUGCCAUAAAAAUUGCGGAAAAGCAGGGGUUGUCCAAUGGUGUGCUAGCGAAAUUGCACUAUGGUGUAACACAAAUGUUGGUUGAAGCAAAUUCUCUUCUACAAUCAGGACCGAGAGAUAUUUUUCGAAGACUUACGGAGUUUAUUUAUUCUUGCAGUAUUCUACAUGAAUUGAGAAGUCAUAUACACCUUGCAGAAAGUUACCAAGCAUCCGAGCAACUAGGAGUUUCCAUCGGUCUGCUGGGUCGUGCUCUGAGUAAAGCAAAGAAUAUGCCUGGGGAACAAUCUUGGCGACAAGUUUAUAAAACCGAACUGAACAAAGUCUCGGAUAUGCUGAAAAAAUACAAGGAUGAAAAUGCAUUUGUCUGGCAACAGAAGAUCCCUCCAGAAUUCGAAUUGCCACCGUUGGAGGGUCGUUUAGUCGUGAAUGUCACUCCGUACGAGCCUCAAAGAUGGGAAAGAGUAAUUGCUUUUAGUACAUAAUCACAUUUCCAAAUAACUUUGUACAGCUUCAUUGAUUGUAUAAAAGAGUGUAUUUUUUUUACCCCUAGUGUAUAGUAGCUUGGCUUUGGGGAUUCGCAUACGAGUACACAACACAGACUAAGGGCGUUUUCGCCUGCUGAACGAAGCAAUUUUUGAAUGUACAAGCAAAGAUGUUAAAGUACCUCCCGCUUUUUGUUGUACCUUCCAGCAAUAUUGAUAACACUGAUGAUAUUUUAUUUAUAAAACUUGUGAUAACAGCUGCUUGAUUUUCUGGGACAUUUGUAUGAUUUCAGUUGCCAAAAUUCUCAGUUAAACUAAACAUUUCUUUGGUUUAAACGCAAGUUUUUGGGUAAAAUUAACAGUUAUUUAAAAAAUAAGUUUUGGCUUGAUCAAAUAAGACAAAAAGUCAAUCAACUAGUCGGGUAA